AAGGGAAGCUGACUCUCUCCUCAACAUUUCAACAUAGCAACAACAAUGGCCGCUUGGCGCAGACUGGUCGUUGGAGUGAGCGGGCUCACAGGCCGGUCUGUCCCGCGUAGAGAUGUCCUUGGAUUCCGGGCAAAAAAUGAGAAGACAGUACGGGGGUGGCUUGCCGUCGGGGUAGGGAUGGCGACAGGAGGCGUCAUGGCUUAUUACUAUUUUCACGAGCGACAUGACAGCAAAAGGAAGGGACUCGGGCACAACAUCAACGGCCGAGCUCUGCUUCCUUCUUUGCCCGCAGUAGCAGCUAAGGAAAAGGGUCGCCCAUUCGACUUUGAGGAGGGGGACGUCUACAUGUCAUCCCACGAGCACCGCUUCCGCCUCUUCAGCUCGGUGGAGUACGAGGGCCAGCUCUACAUGACUCCGCAGAACUUCAUCGAGUCUGUCACCAUGAGCGAACCCAGAAGCAAGAAGCCCUGGAGGUCCCUCACCAAACAGGAGCUGGAGAAGACCCUGAUUGACACUCCGCCAGUGUGGAAGGGAACAUCCAAACUUUUCCGUAACCUUCGUGAGCGAGGCAUCAUCGCUUACACCGAGUAUCUCUUCAUGCUCUGCAUUCUGACAAAGCCCCACGCUGGGUUUAAGAUUGCCUUCAACAUGUUCGAUGCUGACGGGAACCAGAUGGUUGACAAGAGGGAGUUCUUGGUGCUACAGGAAAUCUUCCGUAAGAAGAACGAGAAGAAAGGAAGAAGGGGAGAUGUGGAAAAAUCAGCACAGCUGACUAUGCAGCUCUAUGGAUAUCAGGUUGCCCCCGUGAACAGCGUGCUUAAAAAAGAGGGUCAGGAGUUUGCGCCCAGGAGCUACUGGGACGUGGUGAGACGCGGCGCAAGUCAAGCUCUGUUUUCUGACCUGGCAGAGGACUUUAGACUAGAGCGCGUGGAUGAGAGCAUGAUGAUUGACACAACGCUGCUGGUGCACUUCUUUGGGAAGAAGGGCAAGGCGGAGCUGACCUUUGAUGACUUCUACAGGUUCAUGGAUAACCUGCAAACAGAGGUCCUGGAGAUUGAGUUCCUGACCUACUCAAAGGGCAUGACCACCAUCAGCGAGGAGGACUUUGCCCGCAUCCUUUUGCGUUACACCACCGUAGAGAACAUCAGUAGCUACCUGGACAACGUACGCCAGUCCAUCCCUGACGAGAAGAGACAAGAGCUGGGCCUGGAGAUUAAGGGAAUCACCUUCGACGAGUUCAGGUCGUUCUUCCAGUUCCUGAACAACCUAGAGGAUUUCACUAUCGCAAUGCAGAUGUACAACUUUGCCAGCCGCUCUAUUGGCCAAGAUGAGUUUGCCAGGGCGGUGUAUGUGGCGACAGGACUGAAGCUGACCCGGCACUUGGUCCACACCAUCUUUAAGAUCUUUGAUGUGGACCAUGACGACCAGCUGAGCUACAAAGAGUUUAUCGGCAUCAUGAAGGACCGUCUACACCGUGGAUCACGGGGCUACAAGGCUGUGGAGCAUUUCACUUCCUUCAAGUCAUGUCUGAAGAAGGAGCUCGCUGGCAGUAGGUGAAUAGGCACGGCACCGGCUCCUUCUCCACUUGCAUUCGCUCGGAGGCUGGGAAGCAUGUCCGCCAGCUCUGGAUGAGGUUCAAGGAGAAGGCUUAGAAGGGGAGGGGAGGAGAAGGUGAAGGAAGGAGAGGUCAAAGGAACGAAGACGGAAGAAAGACAGAACAACUCACUCUGCUGAAAGUCCAUUCGGGGUCCUGCAAGACUGCACUAGUGACUGGGAACAAGGCCAGUUUAUAUUAUAAGUGUGAAUGCUGAUAUGUUAUACAGACUUAUAAUGUAGACUGAGAACAAGGCCAGUGUUUGUAUGAGACUCAGUUUGGGUUCAGAGAAUGUUGUCAUCUGUAUUAAUACUGGCCUCAGUCUUUGGGUUUAGUCACCUAAUUUAUCAACUUAAGCAAUGUACAUGUUUAUUAUUAUUAUUAUUAUUAUUAUUAUUAUUUGCCAUUGUUUUUAUUCAUGGGACACCUACUUAUAUGUUACUGAUACUGGUCACUAGUGUGCUAUAAUUACAAGUGAGCAAACUGAAAAAAAAGGUGGUUUAAAGGUCUCUCUAUAUCUCUAAAACUGCUAUGUAUUCAUGAUAUUUUUUAUCCUAAAACCAGCAGGUUUUAUAUUUGACUGACACUUCCAUCUAUUUUGUGUUGAAAUUUUGUAUCAGCAUGUUGUAGUCUCACAAUGUGUAUCAGCUUAUAUUUUGUCACGAACUGACUAUUAAGAGAAGAUCAGUUUAUUUAGCUUGACAAGCAUCAGUGGAAGGCCUGGGAAGAUUGUGCUUGACAUACAAUUUAGAGAAGGAAAAAUAGCAAGAACCAAUGAAACUCAAGCAAUACGCAAAGAGACUAAAUGCAAAUGGUGUGUGUACGUGUGUCUGUGUGUGUGAGUGCGUGCGUGCAUGUGUGCGAGUGUGUGUGUGUGUGUGUGUGUGUGUGUGUGUGUGUGUGUGCUUGCGGCGUGUGUGUGUGAUCAUUUACUCAUUCCGUAGUUAAAUGCAUGCUUCAGAGUAAUUUACAACUACAAUUCUGCUCCAAAGUAAUUCCAGAAUGUCUUUAAAACAGUUCAUCAAACAGUUUAUUAUUUUUAUGUAUAUCAAAUGAAGCCAGUUUGGAGAUGAUAUUUAUUGAUAUAUGUAUCAUGAAGUGUAUGCAAGCAGAAUGUUGAUUCGAGAUUAAUGAUAAACUAUCCAUGACAUUAA